AACCGGUCUAAAAGAAAAAAAAUUUACCGCUUCUGCUACAUUUCGCUUCCCCCCGCUAUCCGCCGACCCCAUCAGUCCGAUCAAGUACCGGUAUGGUAUAAUUGUCAUGGGGAAUCUACGGACCGGUUCUUUGACAGGGGAUGCACUUCGGCGCACGUUACUACUGCCGAAGGCAACAAUGCCAAUUUGGCCGAACAAGAGUUCUUCAAAGGAGGAGCUGUUGAGGAAGUGCUCAGAUGAGCUAUACGAGUGGCAGAGAGCCAAUUUACCGAAGCAGAAUUUGUUUGUCCUGCAUGAUGGACCCCCAUAUGCGAAUGGCACUUUGCACUUGGGGCAUGCACUCAAUAAGAUUCUCAAAGACAUUGUUGGGCGUUUCCAAGUUCUUUCCGGCCGUCAUCUAUCUUACAUCCCCGGUUGGGAUUGUCAUGGACUCCCAAUAGAGCUCAAGGCUUUACAAUCCCACACAGAAUCCCUAAAGGGGAAAGCCAUGGAUGCAGCUGAGAUUAGGUCUCUAGCACGGGAACUCGCAGAGAAGACUAUCACCGAACAAAUGGCUGAAUUUCGAUCAUGGGGAGUGAUGGGUGAUUGGGAUAAUCAUUGGAGAACUAUGGAUAAGGACUACGAAAUAUCACAGCUGCGAGUGUUCAAAGAGAUGCUCAAGAGGGGCUUACUAUAUAGACGCUUUAAGCCCGUCUUUUGGAGUCCCAGUUCGGGAACUGCACUCGCUGAAGCGGAACUGGAAUACAACGAGAAGCAUGUUAGCAGGGCCGCUUUUGUGGCGUUUCCCAUACGGCCCACUGCAUCGCCGGGGCUUGGAACACGGCUUGACGGGAUUUCCGUACGGGCUGCUGUCUGGACAACUACACCUUGGACUAUCCCUGCAAAUAAGGCUAUCGCUAUCAACGCGGAAAUAGAAUACUGUGUUGUGGAUACUGAGAACCACGGGAAGUUACUCGUUGCAUCUGGGCGAGUUGGAGAGCUUGGAAAAGGCAUAAACGAGCAACCAAAGGUUAUAAUAGACGGUAUUCUAGGCCAGAAUCUUGUUGGGGCGCAAUAUUUACAUCCCCUGCUUCGAGAGGAUGCUCAACUCCAGCCAAUACUGCCUGGGGACUUUGUCACGGCUGAUUCCGGUACUGGACUUGUUCACUGCGCUCCUGGUCACGGAAUGGACGACUAUCUCCUUUGUCGGAAGCAUGAUAUAGAGCCGUUUUCACCUGUGGAUAAUGAUGGACGGUUUACUGAAGAUGCACUGCCUGGAUAUGGUCUUGAGGGGAUGGAAGUUCUUUUUGGUGGCACCAAAAAGAUCUUGCAGAUUCUCAUGGAAUCGAAAGCUCUUCUGGCACUACAGCCACGGUUCACGCAUAAAUAUCCUUACGAUUGGCGGACAAAGCGUCCUGUAAUCGUCCGGGCAACAGCACAGUGGUUUGCGGACGUUGAUGUUAUUAAAGAUGUUUGUGUCGACUCACUUAAAAAUGUCGUGUUUGUUCCGUCUUCUGGUAGAUCGAGGUUGACAUCUUAUGUCAACAGCCGUUCGGAAUGGUGUAUUUCCCGUCAAAGGGCCUGGGGAGUCCCUAUUCCCGUGCUCUAUGAUAUCGAUACCAAUGAACCAUUACUGACUGGGGAAAGCGUUGAACAUAUCAUUGGCAUAUUAGAAGAGAAGGGCACUGAUGCUUGGUGGGGGAGUGGAGUUCCGGAAGAAGCAUGGGUACCAGAACCAAUCAGAAUGACAGGAAAGAGAUACGCUCGAGGCAAGGAAACCAUGGACGUCUGGUUCGAUAGCGGCACAAGUUGGGCUAUACUUAGAAGUCGCAUCGGACAGCGGGAGGGCAAGCCUUUGGCUGAUCUUUACCUCGAGGGGUCUGACCAGCACCGCGGCUGGUUUCAGUCAUCGUUACUCACUUCGGUAGCUACCACUACAGGUCUCAGUGCUGCUAAAACACCUUUUGCAAUGGUUGUCACACAUGGCUUCUGUUUGGAUGAAAAGGGGAAGAAGAUGUCAAAGUCUCUAGGCAACACUAUGGCUCCUGUGGACGUCAUCCAGCCGAAGGGUAAGAGCAUCGGUGGUAUAGAUGCUCUGAGGUUAUGGGUGGCCAGCUGUGAUUAUACUAAGGAUGUAAGUAUUGGAAGCACAAUCCUUGACGGCGUAAACGAAAACUUGAGAAAGUUAAGGGUUACCUUGAGGUUUCUGUUGGGAAAUUUGGAAGAUUGGGAUGGGAAGGAGGUGGAUUACUUUGAUUUGACGAAGACAGAUAAAUACGCGCUAGCACAGUUGUAUCAGGUUAAUAGAGCCAUUGCAGAGACGUACAAGAACAUGCACUUCAAUAGAGUCAUUCAAAUAAUCAUGUCAUAUACCAACACGGAUCUCUCCGCAUUCUACCUAGAUGUCACAAAGGAUUCUAUGUAUUCUGAUCCAAAGGACUCUCAAAGACGCCGUGGAAUACAGACCGUCAUAUACCAUAUUCUCCGAAACUACCUUUCCAUACUUACACCCAUUGUCCCAUUACUGACCCAAGAAGUCUGGUCACACGCUACAUCGUUUGUGACAAAGGGCGCCACCGGCCCAGCGCAAUUGGGAUGGUAUAAACCAGUCGAGACAUGGAACGACGAGAACUUGAUUGAAGAGUUCAAGCACAUCAAUGCGAUUCACUCCUUAGUUAAACGAGGUAUUGAAAAGGCUAGGGUCGAGCAAGGUGUUAAGGUCAACUUAGAGGCCUCGGCAGUAUUGGUUACUUCAGAGGGGUCGAAGGCGAGGAAGCUUCUGGAGAAAUAUGGCGAGCAUAUCAUACCUGGCACCAACGAGCUCCCCCAUAUAUUCAUCGUUUCGGCCGUCUCGCUCGGGGAGGCAAUUCCAACAAGCCCAACGUGGAAGCACGCAGAAAGGACAAACCUCCUAGGUGACGACUGCACAGUCGUAGUCCAGCGCGCCUUGGGGAAUAAAUGCCCUCGUUGUUGGGUCUACACUUCUGAGAACCCAGAUGAAAUAUGUGAUAGGUGCGAAAAUACUAUAACCUCUCUUGCGAAAAAGUAUUGCGGAUCUCUUCCCGCUUAAGAUGCUAGUAUGUUGGCUUGGGGGGGGGGGGUUGCUUUUUGUAGGGUAUUGGUAUUCCACCAGUGGUGGUGUAGAAAUGAAACGUGACCCGACUCC